AUGAGAGGUUGGUUUGCUCCUCUUGUUCGCUUGCUGGUUAUCUUAUUUCAUUCCUUACAGUCCACAAAUGGCACUGAUACAAUUUUUCAAGGCCAAACAAUCACCAAUCCAAAGACCAUUAUAUCAUCGAAUGGGAAAUUCGAACUUGGGUUUUUUUCUCCGGGAAAGACCUCCAAUUACUAUCUUGGAAUAUGGCAAAAAGUGUCCAAGCCAGCAAUAGUUUGGGUGGCAAAUAGAGAAUAUCCCUUCCUGAGUAGCUCUUCUAAUCUUACCAUCAACUCUGAAGGAAAGCUUGAGAUUUCAGAUGGUAAAAUGUCCUAUAAGGUAACGAACAUUACAAUUAGCAACAACAGCAACACGUUUGCCACGCUACUAGAUUCAGGUAAUCUCGUCUUGCAACUCCGAAGUAGCUUAGAAGUUUUGUGGCAGAGUUUUGAUUAUCCUACCGACACUCUUUUGCCUGGAAUGAAUCUCGGAUAUGACGAGGUAUACGAAAAUACUUGGUCGUUGGUGUCCUGGAGAAGUCUGGAAGAUCCUGCCCCUGGUUCUUUCUCCCUCUCCCUGGGAUAUAUGUCUUCCACGGUAUAUGUGGAUUUUGAUGUUAAUUUGACCGUUUGGCAGGGUUCCAAAACAUACUGGAAUGGUUCUUUUCUUGAGUUUGAAAAUUACGGCAUUUAUAAGAAUGGCCGUUUUUACGUUACUUGGGGUGCUCCUGAUACUUCUAGGAUUAUGCAAAUGGUAUUGGAUGCGUUUGGACAACUUAAGAUACAGUCCUGGUCUGAAGAUGACCAAAGUUCCAACUCAAUCGGCACCACAGAUUGA